AUGCGAGGUUUGUAGUUUUCUUUUUCAAAGACAUUAGUUCUUAUUCACUUUUAAUUUUUUUAAAUUUAUGAAACGAAACCAGCUCCUAGGAAUCGGAACUGAAAUUGAACACAUUUUGAAACGGCCAUUUAAACCUAUCAUGAAUUUCGUGCACUGGCUAUAAUGAAAAUUGCAUUCUGUUUUUUCAAGAUUCUACUCAAUAUGAAACUGGAAUGCUGAUCGUUUCCCCCAAAACUUCUACGAAUGCCGAGAUCAAUCUGGAUAUGUUCUGUUCGGGACCACUCAUACCUGAAAUGGGGUCAGUUCUAAUGGUAGGAAUGAAGUGAGGCUUUGUCUUUGGUUUUUCGAUUGAGUUCACCAUAAAUAGAACUGAAAAUGAUUUGGUUGGCACCAAUGUUUUUAAGAACCAUAAAACAGUAAAUGCUGAUUUCUUUGGUAUGAAACUUUUUGAAGAAUAAGUUGAAAUUGAGAUAGGAACUGUUUUUCAGACAGCUACCAGUUUAUUCCGAUGGUCGAACCAACACCGUUGAUAGGCGCGACCAUCCGCCACAUGAACCAACUGGCACAACAGAAGUGUUGACUUUUUAUCCCACAUUAGAAGAAUUUCGAGAUUUUGUUGGUUACGUGAAGAAAAUUGAGUCGGUCGGUGCUCACACUAAAUGCGGAAUAUGCAAAGUUUGAAGUGGUUGUUUGCUUUCUUUAGAGAAAUAAAUUUCAGAUUGUACCGCCGGAAGGUUGGACGCCCAGACCGACGCUAGGAAAUAGUUUUUCUGAUCUUGAAGAUUUUGAAAUAAAUAGGUAAUUUCAUCUUGUUUUUUUUUUCAAAUCAGAAAAAAGUCAUUUGCAGCCCCGUCAAGGAGACUAUUGAAGGCCGCUCUGGCGUUUUUAUGAAGCAGAAUCGUGUGUACAGAAAGAAAAUGACCGUGCGCGACUUUAGAAAGUUGGCACAAUCGGCGACCUUCAAAAAUCCCAAGCCCCAUCUCAGUGGAAUCGACUUAGAAACGUAAGUUUCGUAUCAAAUUAAAUUAAAUUUCAAAAUUUACUUUCGCGUUCAAUGGAAGAAGAGAUUGCUAAUUUGGCACUAGACAAGGCGUCGCAAAAAGAAUGUUUUCCUGGGAUUUUUUAUUACUUCAUUUAAAAAGCCAUGUCAAAUAUGACUUACUUUCUUUUUUUCUGUUAAACUUUUUUUUAGGUUUUUAUUGCGGCAAAACUUACACAUGAUAGCUCAUUCAGAAGAAAUUUCCAGAGAAUUUUUCAAAAACAUCAACUUUGGAGAGCCAAUUUACGGGGCUGACACAGAAGGCAGCAUUUACGAAGAAAAUGUCGACGAGUUUAAUAUGAACCGAUUGAAAACGAUCCUGGACGACACAAAAAUCGACGGGAAGGUUUUUUGUUUGCUUAAAAUUUUAUAAUUUUUCAUUUUCUCUUUGAAGGUUAUAAAAGGUGUCAAUACAGUUUACCUGUACUUUGGAAUGUACAAAACGACUUUUUCCAUGGCAUGCCGAAGACAUGGACCUUUAUUCUAUCAAUUAUUUGCACCAUGGCGCGCCGAAGGUAACUUUAAAUUGUUUUAUUAAAUCAUAAGUUUGGUAGUCACAAUCUGAUCCUAGAUUGUUUUUUUGGAAUUUUCAGAGAAAAAUAUACUGAUUUCCUUAAUUUUUUUGAAUACGACUAGCUUUUUUUCAAUUUUAUUUUUUUAUGAAAAAAAUUUAGCGUCUCCAAAAAAACUCCAAAAAUAGAAAUAGAAUAGAGAAAAUGACCAGAAAAGAGAUUUUUUUCUGUUUCAUUUACAAAUGUUUUUGUUCGCCAUUCCGCAAUCUGCACGACAAUACAAAAAAAUAAAACAUUAAAACAAUCAAAUAAAUCAAACAGCUGAUCUGUGGAAACGGCUGGAGGAAAAAGAUUUUUUUCAAUUAAGUUAUUAUCGAAUUAGGAUUUUCAUUUGCUUUCUGUUUGACGGUCUUUUUGGAAUUUAAUAAAGAUUACAGUAAUAAACGAGUUGAUGAACAUGCUAAUUUUUCUUGUCGUAUGACUUUUUUUUAUUACGUGAAGUUUAGUAUUGGUUCGCGAUUUCUUCGGAGUCUGCCGAUCGAUUCGAACGACUUAUGAUCCAACUCUUUCCAGAAUACAACUCUUCUUGCAAUGUAAGGACUAUUCGAUUAUCCAUUUUUUUUUAAAUUUUUUUUUCCAGGCUUUUUUGCGUCACAAACACUUCAUCAUAACUCCAUCAUUACUGCGAGCUCAUAAUAUCCCAUAUGGGACCAUGAUUCAACGUCCAAAUGAGUUCAUUAUCACGUUUCCCAAGGUUUUUUUGGGCUGCAAACUUGGAAAAUAGGACUUUCAGGGCUAUCACAUGGGUUUCAAUACGGGUUAUAACAUUGCCGAGUCAACCAAUUUCGCUAUGGACCGAUGGAUUGAUUUUGGGAAAAACGCGCCGCUGUGCAACUGUAGGCCGGAUAGAGUGGAGAUCGAUAUGAGGGUGUGAUUUGAAUCGUUUUCAGUGAGGAGUUUCUCAUUUUUGCAGCCUUUUAUGAAAAAAUAUCGUCCCGACGAAUACGAACAGUGGUACAACUAUUGGUAUGAGCCGCGAACUGUGGCCGUUGUCGAUUCAGAGAGGAAGAAAUGUAUUUAUUUCUUUGGAUUCACUUUUGAGUUUCUAAGAUCAUUUUUAUUCAUCGCUUGCUUGGAGAAAAAGCAAAUUAACAGUAUAAAAUGGGAAAUUUACAAAAACAAUAAAUUUACGAAAUCGAAAAGUUUUUUUAUUUAAAAAUAGGUUGAUAUAAAAAAAGCUUUUGACUAGCUAGGUUAAAGAAAAAUAGAACAAAGGACACUUCAGGUUUUUUUACUUCACGCUCGCGCGGAGAAAAACUUCCUUCGUUUAUGUGCUAUUUUAGAACGUUAGAAGCUUUUUUUGUCUUUUUAUUUGACUUUUUUUUGAUCAUUCAUUUUUUUUUUGGAUGAAAACAUUUCAUUUCAAAAAGAAUUUUUUCGGAGUUCAUGUUCGUCUAAACUUUUUUUCGUACUCUACUGGUCUUCAAAAUGUUGGCUCAAGCUAGCGGUGAAUAAUUUGAAUAUAAUGGUUUAAAAGCGAGUGUUGCAGCAAUACAAAAGCGUAAGAUCCCGAAGAAAGAGCUGGAAAGUAUGGGUCGGGAAAUAGUCUCGAAGAGAAGGAGAAGAGAGUUAACGCGGUCGGCGCCUCAAACGGGUGAGCAGGAUUCUCUCGUCAAGGUUGCAAGUGGGCACGACGAUCGUUCGUUUGAGCAUGUGUCUGUGGACCGGCGAACCGAUUUCGAUGUUCGUCCAAAUUUCCUCUUUUUUUUUCUCACUUGCACUUUGCAACUUUUCGCCACGGCAUGGUCGGGACCAUAUAUUUUUUGACAAACUCAUUUUCGUUCGAAAGAUCCCUACCUGCCUCCACUUGUCAGUGUUCUAAUUUUUGCUUUUUUUUUCUCAGAGCGUCGUCGCCUUCCUGUUAUUUCUUUUUAUUUUUACGCCCAGUCCUUCUUUUCACCUCGAAAACUUCCUCCUAUAGAGCUGUGUCCUUUUGUUCAAUCGAAGUAGAACCAUUCAUCAGCUGGAUCUCACCCCAGCCUUUUGCGCGCGAAAAAACUUUAAUAUUCACUGAAAUAGGCCACAUUUUCGGGGGAUAGGCCUCACCCCGGGGUGGGAUCCAGCCAACGUAUGAGUAGGAAUUUACAUCAAAUACAAAAUUUGAGUUUACUUCAAUGCUUUAUUCACGCAAAAGAAGCAUUUUCACUGGCAACUGUAAUGUUUUCUGGGAAUCGGCUUAAUUACUCAUCGAUAUUCUAAAAACCCGAAAAUUCACUAGAUCUCAAAUUCGAUUUUUCAGCACUUUUACAAUGAAAUCACAAAAUUCGGAGCGUUCUUUUCUGGCGACAUUUGGUAUCAUACCUAUUACACCCCAGAAUAUUUGAAAAAAUUUCUGAAUUCUAAAGUUUUGAGAGUGAUUUCACCUGUCAUUGUUUUUUUUUUCGAUUUUCCACUUUUAAUUAAUACCUCAUUUCUAAGCCAAGUUGCUUCCCGGAUCAGUUCAUGUGUCGAAUAUAGUGUCAUGUCCAACUUGUGCCAGAUUCACUGAUUGCAGAUCUUUUCCGGAGUUAUUUCUCGAUUCUUUCAGACUAUUCAUCAUCUGGCACUCCGUCGUCACAGGAUUCCGACGAAACGCUAUUCCCCGAGUCGUUAGCCUCCACUUCCAGCAGCUCUUCUCUUGUCGCCAACGACGCUUUUUCUAAUUACGAUCUCACCUGUUCCAUUGAUUUUGAGCCGGAUUCUGAUCUUUUGCGACAGAAUUUUCAAAAGUUUGGUGGGUUUCUUUCUAAAAAUAAUAAAAUUAGCGCCGAAUUUCUAGGAGAUUUACACGCCUUUACACCGUACAACUUGUUUACCGAAAAAAAGUACAACGAAACGUCUUCACAAUUUUGGCCCCAUUGCGCAGUCUGCUCUUACUUCCAGCCAAUCCAUAUGCGGCCUCGAACAAACCAAUGCCCUUCCAGGUUUCGAAUGAUGCAAGUUUUUAAUGAAAAUGCGGAUGUUUUCAGUUCCAAACGGCUGAUGAAGGACUUGUGUUUCUCCAAAAGAAACAAAGUUGUUGCCGACGGAGAGGAACCCACAGAAGAUGUCUUGAUCACUUGUGAAAAUUGCCGGGUUACUGUACAUCCGAGAUGUUACAACGGACAACGUCCCAAGAACAGUUACUGUUUUUCCAAUUCGAAAACUCUAUCAUGAAAAAUAUUGGCCUAGUGAUUUGAAAAAAAAAUUAUCUCGUUUUUGAUGUGAUUCUAAAAAAUGACUAUCUUAAGUAUAAAAGCCAGUUGAGAAAGAUUAUCUACAGUAGAAAAUCAUCUCUUUCGGAGAGUUUCUUGACAGUUUUCUUGCUCAUCCAGCUGCAUACUGCCCAAAAGAAAAUACUUGAGGUUCAAGCUGAAAAGAUGGACGACGAUAUCCAUUUUUGCAACGAAAUGAUAGUUUUUUCUAGUUUCAGGCGCAAAAUGGCUGUGUAUGAGAUGUCGUGCCAGGAGCGACGUCGCCAUUCGAGCCACUUCCUGCGCUUUCUGUGAAAUGCGGGCCGGCGCCUUUAUCCCCUGCACUGUAGGAAGCGACCGCGGCUUCGCUCACGUCAUUUGUGCGAUUUUCAACAGGUAUUUCUAUUGACUCUUUAUUUAUAAGUUUUCUGCUUUUCAGGUUGACUUAUUUCGACCAAGGCAGCUGUCCCAAGUCCUGCUUUGUAUAUCCGCCGCCCAAACAAGGAAAUCUUACUCCGAGGUUUUUUUUUUCAUUAGUUAUCAGGAUUAUCCAUUUUUCGGAAAAAAAUCCACAGUGGGUUUCUCUUUUUUUCAGUGUAAUAGUUUUCAAAAUUUUCAUGUAUAUUUCCUUGUCAUAACUUUUGAAAUGAUUUUACUAUCCAGAACCCAACUACCACUUCACUACGUCAUGGAAUAUGGGAAAGAGCACGAACGAGCCAAAUUUGAGUGCGAAGUGUGUCGAACCAGCCGAGAAGGACUCAUCCCUUGCACCAAUUGCUUCGAGGUCUCUUAUUUCAUUUCUGGACGGAAAAGAGUAAUUCAGACAAGAUUUGAAAUUCUGCUUCUUAUUCGAAGUUCUCGCAAAAGUGCUGUUCAAAGUUUUUUGAUAUUGUGAAAAACGAUUUUAAGAGAUCAAUUAUUGAAGUGAAAUUGGUUGAAAAGGGGAUUUUUUAGGAAGCUCAGCUGCUAGAGGCGUUCCAAGUGCCAACUUUGGCCCACGUGACUUGUGCUCGACAGGUUGGAUUUUUCCUGGAGCAGAGAGAUUUCCCAAAAGUCGCCGUGAUGGUGUGCGAUCGGCACAAAAACCUCAACUCGAUUGAUUGUGAGGCUUUUUCGAUUUUCGUAACUAUUGAAACUUCCAGCUGACAAUUUAUCGCCGAUCAAACCCGGAGAAGAGGUUCUCUACAGCGAAGGAGCUUCGUUAGAGCGUUGCUCUGUGCUGAGCGUUAUAGUGAAGCAUAACGCCGUGGUAAGCACCAAUCUCGAUUCUUUUUUUUCUAUUUCCAUGAAUUGUCCCUUUCAUGAGAUUUCGAGUAGACGAAUGCGAGAAAAAUCUCUGAAAUUUUUUUUUUCCAACCUAUCUUUUACUAUUAGUCCUCAGAAACUUAUAACGGGACGAAGCUGUAAGUUUAAGAGAACAGUAAAGAGGCGCAAAGCCACUCGAGUGAUUACUUUAUCGCUCAAACUUUCGAUUCACGGCAAAUAUAGUGUAUUAAGAUUUUGAAUAUCAAGUCGUCGCUCAAGCUCCGCCUCUAAUGGUGGGGUAAACCAAUUAGAAAGCGAGCCACCUAUAUAGCCUUUCUGAAUGACGUCAUUUUACUUGAAUAUUAAAAUCUGAACAGACUAAAGUUUUCGGCAAGCGUUAACGUUGUCUGAGUGAGCUCUCAACUUUGCGAUCACUAUGAAAAUCUUCUUUAUUUUGACCAGAAUUUGAAGAUUCAAUCUAUGAAAAAUUAGGUGAAUUUUACUUUCACAUUUUAUUUUUUUAGGUCGAGUUUUGUGACGGCUCAAUAACCCGAGACUUGAGCCUCACCGACAUUAUCAGUUGCGAUUGCAUCCAGUGUGAUAAGGUUCAACAUCAGCUAGGCAGCAAGGUAUUCUGAAUAUUUGUGAUAAAUUCAAAUAACUAUCUAUUUCGUUCAGCUGAAAGUGCAAUGGGAAGAAAAUACACUGUAUGAUGGGUUUUUCCGCGGCAUUUGUUCCACCAAAGAUUAUAAGGUUCCUUUUUAUUUUUGCGAAAAAAAAGUUUGAAAAAUCUUUUUACUUUUCCAGGUUCGCUUUUCUAACGGCACUGUCAAUUCGUUUUGCCGCUCAAAGUUAUUCUCGACCAACGACGACAUUUCUCCGCAAAUGCGUCGAAUUCUCUCUUCCAGUUGA